AUGUCUAGACUGGCUUUAGCCUUCCUGAAAAGGAAGAUCAUUACAACCUGCAGUAGGAAAGAGAUCCAGACUGAAGAACUCUCUCAGGUCUCCGGCGUCGUGUCGCUCUUCAUCUUCGGCUUCUGCUGGCUCAGUCCCGCGCUGCAGGAUCUGCAAGCCACGGCGGCCAACUGCACGGUGCUGUCGGUGCAGCAGAUCGGCGAGGUGUUCGAGUGCACCUUCACCUGUGGCGCCGACUGCAGGGGCACCGCGCAGUACCCCUGCGUCCAGGUCUACGUGAACAACUCCGAGUCCAACUCCAGGGCGCUGCUGCACAGCGACGAGCACCAGCUCCUGACCAACCCCAAGUGCUCCUAUAUCCCUCCCUGUAAGAGAGAAAAUCAGAAGAACUUGGAAAGUGUCAUGAAUUGGCAACAGUACUGGAAAGAUGAGAUUGGUUCCCAGCCAUUUACUUGCUAUUUUAAUCAAUUUCAGAGACCAGACGACGUACUCCUGCAUCGCACACAUGAUGAGAUUGUCCUCCUGCAUUGCUUCCUCUGGCCCCUGGUGACAUUUGUGGUGGGCGUCCUCAUUGUGGUCCUGACCAUCUGUGCCAAGAGCCUGGCCGUCAAGGCAGAAGCCAUGAAGAAGCGCAAGUUCUCUUAGAGGGGAGUAGACGUGUGGAAAGCAAAGCACAGAAGCUGCACCCAUUGGCACACAUCUCCCUGCAGAGCCUGUUCCCGGUGCGGGAGAUGGAAGGGGCUAUGAGAGGUCUCUGAGAGGCUCCCCCCUCAAUGGCAGCAGCAACAGGCACAACUGGAAGACUUAGAACCUCAUAGAUGAUAUUCUAUGUGUUGUAGCCAUGGCUAAAGGGUCAAGCUCUAGCUGUCUGGAGUAAAAUUCAGAAAAUCUGAUAAAAUGUUAAUUUUUUUGAAAGUCUCAGUGUAUAAUUGUACAGUGUAGUAUACAAAUCAUGAUGAUUUAUGGUAUUUAAAAAUAUUAAACUAGAGUGAUCUGUGUUC